UGUCAAUUUAAAAUGUAUUUAGUUUAGUCUUCAUGUUUAAGCGCUUUUACAUUGGCUAAGAUCGCCGACACUGAAAUGAUAACCUUUACGUGUUAGGUAUUUCACUGUGGUUUAAUUUGUCAAUAAAAACAACUAAUUUGAAAUAUAUAUUCACGGUUCUAGAUUUUUAAUAUAAUUGUAAUAACAGUUGAAAAUGCCAUCUGCCACGUACUCAGUAAAUCAAAAUUUGAAAAAUGACACAGCUAACUGCUCACCGAAUCAAGGAAUUGAAGAUGAAAUAGAAUUACCAUCAAUUAUCAAGAGUUCACCGAUGUUACCUGGGAUAUCAUCUUCUACUCUAUAUAUAAACAAGUUUUCUAUGAAAAGCAAAUUACAUGAUACUUCAAAUUCUUAUCUAAGCUUCUUACGCAUUUUUCGGUAUGCGGACAAAUGGGAUAUAACAUUAAUGGUUGUUGGUAUAAUUAUGUCAGUUGCAACAGGUUCCAGUUUACCAGUCUUAGCUUAUUUUUUUGGCCAAAUGACCAAUACAUUCAUUAGGCAAACAUCAAAGUAUGACUUUAUGGAAAACGGAACUUCAUGGAAUUUACUAAACGUUACAUCUACAAACCAUGAAACAUCUUCAAGUAUAUACUCCAUUCCGAAAUUGUCACCUGAAGAAUUUGAUAAUUACAUGACAGAGUAUUCACUGUAUUAUUUGUAUAUUGCAAUUAUUGUUUUAAUUGCUGCUUACAUUCAAACUUGGUGUUGGGAAAUGGCCUGUGAAAGGCAAGUGUACAGAUUACGAAAUGUGUUUUUUUCUCAAGUUAUCCGACAAGACAUUACUUGGUUUGACACUAAUCAAAAUGGAGAUAUUUCUUCAAAACUUUUCGAUGAUUUAGAACGUAUUCGUGAAGGUAUAAGUAGUAAGUUUAGUUUGCUCUCGCAAUACGCCUCAACUUUUGUUUCUGGUUUUAUUGUUGGAUGUUGUGUUAGCAUCAAAUUAACAGCUGUAUUGUUGAUUAUUGGGCCAAUUAUUAUUGGCAUCACUUCAUAUCUUAGUAUACAUGCGUCCAGUUCCGUCGCAAGAGAACAAUUGAAAUAUGCUGCCGCUGGGCGAAUUGCAGAACAAGCAAUUACAGCAAUAAGAACUAUAGCAGCGUUUGGGUUAGAAAAAAAAGAAAUUGCUCGUUACAAGGCGGCAUUAAAAGAAGGGCGUACACUUGCAAUUCAUAGGUAUAGGCAGUUUUCAUGUGGGUUGGGCUCACUAUUUUUGAUGACUUAUGUUGGUUAUGGUAUUGCGUUUUACUAUGGAGCUAAUUUAGUCAAAAUAGGCGAAGCUACACCUGGUAUAGUUUUUACUGUUUUUUUCAGCGUUAUGGCAGGAGCAUUUUCAGUGGGAAAUGCUUUACCAUAUUUAAAUACUGUUGCUACAGCUGUCGGCAUAGCAAACAACCUUUACGAUGUUAUUGAUAGAAUUCCUCAAAUUGAUUCUUAUUCAAAAAAAGGUUUAAAACCAAAUAAAGUAACAGGCAAAAUCGAAGUGAAAAAUGUAUCAUUUAGAUAUCCGUCUAGACCCGAAAUAAAAGUACUUGAAAAUUUAAAUUUAACAAUUGAACCUGGCAAAACCGUAGCUUUAGUUGGGUCAAGUGGAGCUGGAAAAAGUACUAUCGUUGGUUUACUAUUAAGAUUUUAUGACCCAGAGUCAGGAAAAAUAUUAUUAGAUUCAGUUAACUUGUCAGACUUAAAUGUUCAUUGGUUAAGAGAUCAAAUUGGUGUUGUUUCUCAAGAACCCAUACUUUUUGGAGUAUCAAUAGCUGACAACAUUCGAUAUGGAAGGGAAAAUAUUACUGAUGAAGAACUUAUCGAUGCUGCAAUUCAAGCAAGCGCCCAUGAAUUUAUAAAAAACUUACCAAAUGGUUACAAUACAUAUGUUGGUGACAGAGGUUGUCAACUUUCUGGGGGUCAAAAACAACGUAUUGCUAUCGCCAGAGCUAUAGUGAGAGAUCCUAAAAUAAUUUUACUAGAUGAAGCUACAUCGGCAUUGGAUUCUCAAAGUGAGGGUUUUGUACAAGAGGCAUUAGAUCGAAUCAUGAAAGGAAGAACAACCAUCAUAGUAGCUCAUAGAUUAUCGACUAUUAGGAAUGCAAAUAUAAUACAUGCAAUGAGGGGUGGAUGUAUAGUAGAAUCUGGAACUCACGAUGAACUUAUGCGCAAGGAAGGUUUAUACUAUAGUUUGGUAAUGACACAAAUAAAAGAACAAAAUGAAGAUAAAAAUAUCAAAGCAGAAGAAUCAAAUGCCAAUGAUGCUGAAUAUGAAAAAUAUGAAAUUGGUGAAAAUUUAGAUAUUGAAAAUUCAGACAAUAAAGAAAAAUUAAAGAAAAAGUCAAAAUCUGUAAUGUACCAACUACUAAAGUAUAAUUCUCCAGAAUGGGUCUUUUUGCUAUUUGGAACUGUAGGAUGUAUAUUAAAUGGAGUUUUAACACCAGUUUAUGCGUACUUUUAUGGUGAGGUAUUUGAAUCUUUGGCACUAACAGGUGAAGAUUUGGAAAGGGAAUCAAUUUUUUGGUCAUUAAUGUUUGUUUUGAUAGGAGUACUAUCUGGAAUAACUAUAUUUUGUCAAGUUUGGUGUUUUACAUUUGCUUCAGAAAAACUCAUGAUGCGUAUGCGAUCAAUUGCUUUUUUAAAUAUAUUAAGACAAUCCGUUGGAUGGUUUGACAACAAAGAUUCCUCCCCUGGUAACCUUAUAACUAAGUUGGCUAGGGACGCUCCAGUUGUGAAGGCUGCUGGAGGGAUGAGGAUCGCUCAAGUCAUAGCGGCUUCUGUGACUUUAUUGGCAGCUAUAGGUAUUGCUAUGAUUUUCGGAUGGAAAUUAGCUAUAGUAUUAAUGCUUUCUGUUCCGGUUCUCAUUGGAGCAUCAUAUCAGCAGCAAAUGAUCCAAAGAAAACAUCAACGUAGAGAUGCAAAAUUCAUGGACGAAGCUGGCAGAAUAGCUUCGGAGUGUGUGCAAAAUGUGCGUACAGUGCAAUCACUAGGAAAAGAAAAAACAUUUUCUAAACUGUAUCUUGAAAGUCUCCAAGUUCCUUACAAAGAAGCAAAAAAGCAAGUAUACUGGUAUGCUAUGCUCUUUGCUCUAUCACAAUCAGUCACAUACUUGCUAUACGCUAUUGCUUUUAAAUACGGAUCAUAUUUGGUGCUAAAAAAAGAAAUGACUCCUUCUGCAGUUUAUAGGGUAUUUUUUGCACUGUCAUUUUCUGCACAAUCUGUUGGCCUUACAAUGGCAUUCUUGCAAGACUAUGCAAAAGCAAAGCUGUCAGCUAAAAUUAUGUUCAACCUCAUGGAGUCUCCAUCCGAAAUUGAUAGUCAAUCCACUAAAGGACUUAAACCCGAUAUUUACGGUAAAGUGUCUUUCAAAGAUGUUCAUUUUUCAUAUCCUACUAGAAAGGCAAAUAAAGUACUAAAUGGAAUGGAAUUUUCAUUGAACCCUGGAAAGACCCUGGCCUUAGUUGGUGAAUCAGGUUGCGGUAAAAGUACUGUGAUUUCACUUCUGGAAAGGUUUUAUUUACCUUCAAGUGGACAAAUUGAAGUAGAUGAUUGUGAUAUUAAACAUAUAAACCUACAACACUUACGACAAAAUAUAGGUAUCGUAACCCAAGAACCAAUAUUGUUUGACUGUUCUAUUAAAGACAAUAUUUUAUAUGGUGCUUAUUUUAAUGAAAACAGUUCAUUAGAAUUUUCUAGAAUUGUAGAAGCUGCUAAAAAAGCUAAUGCACAUGAUUUCAUAAUGAGCUUACCUCAAGGAUACGAUACAUUUGCUGGUGAAAGAGGUACACAAAUUUCAGGUGGUCAAAAACAAAGAAUCGCUAUUGCUAGAGCUCUGGUAAGAGAUCCGAAAAUACUUUUACUUGAUGAAGCUACUUCAGCACUAGAUACAGAAAGUGAAAAGGUUGUCCAAGAAGCUUUAGACCAAGCCAGAAUAGGUAGAACCUGUAUAAUAAUAGCUCAUCGUCUGUCAACCAUAAUAACGGCAGACGAGAUAGCUGUUGUAAAAAAUGGAAAAAUCGUUGAACACGGUACUCACCAAGAACUACAAAAUUUAAAAGGAUUUUACUACGAGUUAGUAAAAAGACAACAGUUAUAAUAAAAAAAAAUUGUUUAACAUGUUAAAUCGCCAGAUUUAAUUCAAAGUAUACUACUUUGUUGUGUAAAAUAUAAAUAUGAUUAUGUAAAUAAAAAAUUAAUAAACUAAAUUGAACCAGUACUUAUUAUAAAGUAAAAUUAA